AUGAAGAAGGAAAGCCAAUGCCACCAGAGAAACUCAAGGCGAAAUCCUGUGGAUUGUGUGAAGGAGUUAAUGAGUAACCUAGCUUUCAAGGUAGUGCUAAAAUACGCACCUGAGCAUGUGUACUGUGACAAGGAGGGGAAGAUUCAUGUCUAUGACAAGAUGUGGACUGGUGAUUGGUGGUGGGACACACAAUGGAAGCUUGAUGUGGGGGUGACAAUUGCUGCUCUAAUUAUUUCUUCAGACAAGACUCAACUAACCCAGUUUCAGGGUGACAAGAAGGCCUGGCCUAUUUACCUUACAAUUGGAAACAUUGAGAAGGAUAAGCAUCGUAAACCCUCGGCCCACGCCACCAUCCUUAUUGGGUAUUUGCCAGUUGCAAAAUUGGACAAUUACACCAAAGCAACAUGUUCUCAAGAGGGCUACCGACUUUUCCAUUUCUGCAUGAAGAAACUGUUAGCGCCUCUCAUCAAAGCUGGGGAAGAGGGUGUCAAUGUUACCUGUGCGGACGGCAUUGUUCGUUGGGUAUUCCCAAUCCUCGCUUCGUAUAUUGUGAAUUUUCUGGAGCAGUGUCUUGUUGCAUGCUGCAAAGAGAGCUACUGCCCCAAGUGCCGAGUGGAACCAAAAGAUCACAGGGAGAUGGUGGACUCCUUGCUACAAGAACAAGAAUGUAGCAAGACCAUUUUAAGUCACAAAGAGACUGGGCGGCGUGUUGCUGCUUAUGAUAACGAGGGUUUCCGCCCUGUAUGGAAGCCAUUUUGGGCCAACCUUCCUCAUAUCAAUAUCUUCACAUGUUUCACACCCGACAUCCUUCACCAGCUUCACAAGGGAGUCUUCACGGAUCAUCUAGUCAGCUGGUGUGUUGAGCUUGCAGGCAAAUAUGAGAUAGAUGCACGUUUCUGCAGUAUGCCUAGUUAUCCAGGCCUUCGACACUUCAAAAAUGGGAUCUCCCACAUAUCCCAGUGGAUGGGGCGAGAACACAAGGAAAUGCAAUGUGUCUUUGUCGGUUUGCUGGUGGGUGCAGUACAACCUGCUGUUCUGUGGACUGCAUGCACAGCUAUCAACUUCAUAUACUAUUCACAACUGCACAUACAGUUGAGUGCAAAAAGAAUGGACCACCUGUCAUUUUCUGGUUCUUUCUGA